AUGAACUCUUCAUCAUCAGCAUCAUCAUCAUCAUCAUCAUCAUCAUCCUCUUCUGUUCCCAUCGAAGCCAUCCGGGCCUACCACGCCACCGAGCGCCGUCUCUUCGCUCGCAUGGUUCUCGACCUCUCUCUCGAUCCUUUCCGUGCCAUGGAGAUCAUCGCCUUCUGGCUCUGGCUCUCCGAGAUCGGCCACCCAGACAUCAUCCGCCGGGCCCAAUCCCUCACCGGAGUCUCUCUCCUCCUGAUCGCCGGCGUCGCCGAAGCCUUCAUCGACGCUCUCCGUCUCGAACCCUCAGACCAUUUCCGUCCCAACGCCGACCUCCGUCACGCCGCCAUCCACGGCAUCUCCUACUACCUCUCCAGCGUCUGCUUCAGAGCCUUCGACGAUAUCCAACGCCAAGCUCAGCUCCUCCACAUGGAUCGCCUCCUCCAUCAAAUGUCACAUCUCCACAUCCCUCACGGCGAAGGUACCAGCUCAUCCUCCUCCUCCGCCCGCUCCCUCUUGUCCCAUCCUUCUCAAGACCUCGAACGCGCCAUUCGUUUCCGACAAGAACUCAACCUUCUCUUCGGCACUCCAAUCAACAGCGGCAUCUCCAAUCUCUCCUCAGCCUCUCUUCAUCGUCGUCAUCCUCCUCCUCCUACUGCUGCAAAUGCACAGCUUGUUACUGAUCCUACCCAUCAAAUGAAUUCCACUGCUAGGCCUUACCAUCCAUUGUCCACUAUCAACUGCCCUCCUCAUCACCACCGAUCCUUUCACCGCAUCGAACAAAUGGAAAGAGACCAGAGGACUCUCUUCGUCACCUUCUCCAAUGGCUACCCUCUUACUGAAGAAGACCUCUAUGUUUUCUUCAUGAGUCGCUUUGGAGAUGUGGAGUCAGUGAGUGUGCAGACUGUGACAAAGCCGGGGGCCGAACCUCUCUUCGCCCGCGUAUCUUUCUGGCAUGAAGAAACAAUGCUGCGUGUUCUCAAUGGCAAUGAGAAGGCCAAGUUCAUCUUCAAAGGAAAGCAUCUCUGGGCAAGACGCUUCACUACCAUGUAUAAGCGCGGGUAG